AUGGAGAAACCAGUCACAACAAAUAUGUCUAAAGUCUCAAAGAGUAUCCGUGAUAAAGCUAGGACGUCACCCGGAAGUGGCGCACAGGGCCCUCGCCUGAGUUCUGUGGACAGUAUGCGAGGGCUACCGAGGAGUGAACGACCUCGGCUAAAGAAGUUAGUUCGAAUAGGGACUCUAAAUGUGGGUUCGCUUACUGGAAAGUCCCGCGAAGUCGCCGAUCUUAUGAAGCGCAGGAACAUCCAUGUCCUAUGCCUUCAGGAGACCCGCUGGAAGGGAGCAAAGGCCAGAGAAAUUGGAGAGGGUGUCAAACUCUUCUACAACGGAGAUGACACUAAACGAAAUGGUGUGGCUGUAGCAGUGGCAAACUCCCUGAAAGNCAGAAAUGAAGACGUCAGGACGGCUAUGCAAACAGCUCCAAUUCAACUGAAGAUGAGAGAGCAGCGCCUGCGAUGGUUCGGGCAUGUACUAAGAAGACCACAGAGCCAUCCAGUAAGGGAAGCAAUGGAAUUCGAGGCUCAAGGCAAGCGACCACGAGGAGCCCCAAAGAAGAGAUGGCGGGACGUGAUCAAGAAGGACCUCGUCGAAGCCAAGGUGACGGCAGAAGAUGCCUUAGAUAGAAUGAAAUGGAGACGGCUGACAAGAACAGCGGACCCUGCGACGGCGCGGGAUUAA